AUGUCAUCUAAACGCAGGAACGUCGUCAACCCGUCUAUGGAAAGCAACAUACCGUCAAAAGAUUCACCUUCAUCAAACAGUACAAAUGUGAUUAAUGGGAUAAAGUUGUCGAACGAACCCGAUUCCAACAAGGUGGUUGUGGUUCAAGCAAACGAUGGCAAGUCAGGAGAAAAUAUAGAACUAUCAUACACAAACUACAAAGUCAUUGGAAACGGAUCGUUUGGUGUGGUCUUCCAAGCCAAGAUUGUCGAAACAGGAGACCUCACAGCCAUAAAAAAGGUCUUGCAGGACAAGCGAUUCAAGAAUCGUGAACUGCAAAUCAUGCGACUGGUCUCCCAUCCAAACAUAGUUAGUUUGAAAGCCUUCUUUUACUCGAAUGGCUCGGGCGAGAAGAAGGAUGAAGUGUUUCUGAAUCUUAUGCUGGAAUUUGUUCCAGAAACAAUUUAUCGUGCGUCAAGGCAUUAUGCUAAGAUGAAGCAGGCUAUGCCAAUGAUCUGUAUCAAGCUACUGGAUCCUAACUCUGGUAUCCUGAAGCUAUGUGAUUUUGGAUCAGCUAAAGUGUUGGUUGCUGGAGAACCAAACGUCAGUUAUAUCUGCUCACGGUACUACAGAGCUCCAGAGUUGAUCUUUGGAAGCACAAGUUAUAACGUCAGCAUCGAUGUGUGGUCAACAGGAUGCGUGAUGGCUGAAUUGAUGUUGGGACAACCACUGUUUCCUGGUGAAACUGGUGUUGAUCAACUAGUGGAAAUCAUUAAAGUUCUCGGUACACCCACACGAGAACAAAUCAAGUCCAUGAAUCCAAAUUAUACGGAAUACAAGUUCCCACAAAUCAAGCCCUGUCCUUGGAGCAAGGUCUUCAGGUCAAGAGCAACCACACCCGAAUCACUGGAUCUGAUUGGGAAGUUGUUGGAGUACACGCCAACUCUACGACUGACUGCCGUAGAGGCCAUGGCUCACAACUUCUUCGAUGAGCUGAGAAACCCGGCGACAAGAAUGCCCAAUGGAAAAGAGUUACCGCCACUCUUUGACUUUACUGCCAUGGAACUCUCGAUUCGGCCAGAUCUAAUUAGGCAGCUGGUGCCACCACAUGCUGAAGCAGCUCUUCUGGCACGUGAUAUUGAUGUCAACAAGUUUACGCCUGUUGCAAUCCAGCCACCUGUGUCGAUUCAGGACUAA